ACCUAAAACUUGUCUUGUAACUUUGGAAAACAAUGAUUAUGAAGCAUCUGCGUUGUGUGUUAGAGAAACAACUUAGAAUUACUAGAGGAUAAUUGGCGACAUCCGCUCUCGUGACAAUUUGGCACAUACGAUAAUACCGUCCACAUCCGUCUAUCGACCCGCCCACAUCUGUCAUGUGAUAACGUCAGUAAUGGCACAGUCCGGUCUCCUGACAAAGAAAGGAAGAUCUCCCGUUCCUCUGCGAGGAGUGAAAGUAGUAACAAGCGUACGUGGUUACGCUGCGCAUGUUGAGAGCAGUUUCGAGUAUGAGAACGAGGGUAGACACCCAAUUGAAGCAAUUUUUACUUUUCCAUUAGACUCUUCUUCUGUCGUCGUUGAUUUCGCGGCUACUCUCGACGACCGAAAGAUCAAAGGGAAAGUGAAGGAGAAACAGAAAGCGAAAGCUAGGUAUGAUGACGCAAUUGCAGGCGGUCAGUCUGCCUUGCUGAUGGAAUUCGAGCGUGACGAUAUCUUCACUGUGAGUGUGGGCAAUCUUCCCGCUCAGAAGAAGGCUGUGGUGACGCUGAAGUACAUUAUGGAGCUGCAUACCGAGCAUGAUGGCUCGGUCAAAUUCAAUUUGCCCUCCGUUCUCACUCCAAGGUACAGCAAGGCCGGAGAAGAAAAUCCAACGGAAGAUGUUACUUAUCUUCCUGCUUCUCAGAUUCCCUACACUUUCAGUUUCAACGCUCGAAUUGAAGGCGACGUGAAUAAAGUAGAAUCGGUCAGCCAUAAGCUGAAAGUGACAACAACUUUUGAUGAUAAAGGUUUCCAAGUGACUGAUGUAGCUCUGGCUGAUGAACAUAGGUUUGAUAAAGAUCUUGUUCUAACCAUAGCGCCUGGCAAUCUUCAUAGGCCACAUGUCAUUGUAGAGGCAGGGAGUACUUCUGAAGCCAAUCAUUCGUUACUGCAAAACCCGGCCAUCUCUUUGAAUUACUUUCCAGAUUUCAGCUUGGCUGAAUCUGUCAGUGAGCUGGUGUUUGUUAUUGAUAGAAGUAUUAGUAUGGAUGGAUCAUACAUGGAUGCGGCAAAGGAAACACUAAUGCUAUUUCUUAAAAGCAUCCCAAAGGGCUGCUUUUUCAACAUCGUAGGAUUUGGCUCUACGUAUACGUUUUUGUUUCGGCGCAGUGUUCCAUAUGAUCAGACUCACCUUGAUAAGGCAUCAAAGCAUACCCAAAGCAUUUCUGCUGAUAUGGGAUGUACAGAAUUACUAAAACCUCUCCAGAAAGUAUUUAGCAUGCCUUCAAAGAAUGGCCUUCCUAAGCAGGUGUUUGUUCUUACUGAUGGUGCUGUGUCUAGUACCAGAGCUGUUAUUAAGGAAGUGAAGAAGAAUGUUCAUGUAGCAAGGUGUUUUGCUGUCGGCAUUGGGUCUGGAGCAUCGACUGAAUUAGUGGAGGGUAUUGCUCUUUUGGGUAAUGGAUCUAGUGAAUAUAUUCAGACGGGAGAGAGAAUGCAACCAAAGGUGAUGCGAAUGCUGAAGAGAGCUCUGGCAGCAUCAAUUUCAGAUGUUUGCAUCACAUGGUCUCUUCCUGAUGAUGCUUGUGUCAUUCAGACACCAACAAAGAUUCCUCCCGUGUUCAGUGGUAAUCGUUUGAUCAUUUAUGGACUUGUAUCCCAUAUGCCAUCAUCUGUGGUGCACAACUGCUCUGCAACGAUGAAGGGUGUUGUCAGUGGCAAUCCAUUUGAGCACACGUUGUCAUUUUCACUCGAUGCACGAAGCACUGCACCCAGCAUGGCUAUUCACCAGCUUGCCAUUAGGUCAGUCCUUAAUGAUCUCCAAGAAGACAGCACAAGUGAAGAUACAGAAAAGAAAUUAGGCAAGUUGUCAGUGGAACGUGGUGAAAUGGCACCAAAAUCAAGAGAGAAAUUAGUGGUAGAGCUCAGCACAGCAGCUAGUGUUGUGUGUAAGCAAACAGCAUUUAUUGCUGUGAAUGAUGAAAGCGAAGUGCCUGCGCAGGGCAGCAUGGAAGUGCAUCAUAUUCCUGUAGCUGUUGGAAGUGACUCGGCCAUAUACUACUCAUCUCUUGGGACGUACUUUCCAGAUAUGCCUAUUUUUUUGUCAUUACGUUCUAAAAAGAAAGCUGGAAGUUUCUUUGGACAUUUAUUUGGAAGACAGGCUCAAAAAUUAAGUAGUAGAGGUGCUAAGUUUAAUGUAGCACAUACGCAGUCAAAGUCUUUGAGUAGAAAUGCACCUAUGCUUGAAGGUGCAGAAUCAGAAGGUGCACUACCGCUUACAGGAUGUGCAUUUGGAGGUGGCGGUUUAGGAGGUGUACAGGCCGGCCCUGACUAUGUGGAUGCUGCUCAAGUAUGUGGACCACGUUCAUUUUCACACCAGUACCGUAGUGAUGGUGAUAAGGAGAAUGCAGCUGCUGAACGUUGUUCAACGAGUGACUAUCAGAGUCAUCCUCAAACCCAGUCUCAAGGAGACUUGCUACCAUCCAUGUUAGUCAUUGUAUCACAGCAGAAGGCAUCAGGAGCUUGGGCACUAACUGCUGAGACUGCGCAGCUUAUCAAUAAAUCAAUGAAAGACUUGGAGUAUGCCUCACCUUUUCCUACUUCAAUGUCUAAAAUUCAGUCAUCUGUGUGGGUAACUGCUGUGAUAUUAGUCUGGUUGGAGAUGAAGUUGGAUGCUUAUAGAGAUGAGUGGGAGCUGUUGGGAGAAAAGGCUAAAAGAUGGCUAAAAGAGCAAGCAUUACCACAGGGAAUAACUUUGCAGUCUCUGCUAACUGAUGCACGUAAAUUGUUGUAAAUUCCGUGGACUCUAAUGGAGUGCAUUGUAUUAGUUUGACUCUUGACUUAUGUGCUACUUGCUACAAGCUGUUUCUGCUGUCUAGCUGAGAGAUUUAUGUACUGGCUUUGUCGAUAUGCAAACUGACAUUUUGCACACCCUGAAGGCAUGCAUUUUGAUUAUACUGUAUGGACAAUUGCAGUUGAGUAGCUUUUUACUCAAUAACAAUCUAGGACUUCACUUA